AUGGAUUCCGGACGUAUUUUCUUCGACCCGUCUUGCCACAGCAACAUGUUGUUUCUGGGCAACGGCGACUCACGUUUUCGAGGAGCAAGUUCAGUGAUGGGAAUGGAGGAAAUGAAGCGGCCUUUCUUCAGCACAGCCGAUGAGCUUUACGAAGAGGAAUAUUUCGACGAGCAGUUGCCGGAAAAGAAACGCCGUCUCACUCCUGAGCAGGUGCACUUGCUGGAAAAAAGCUUCGAGGCUGAGAACAAGCUGGAACCUGAUCGAAAAACCCAGCUAGCUAAGAAUCUGGGCUUGCAGCCGAGGCAAGUAGCAAUUUGGUUCCAAAACCGCCGUGCCAGGUGGAAGACCAAGCAGCUCGAGAGGGAUUAUGAUAAGCUUAAGGCCUCAUAUGACUUUCUCAGUUCCAAUUACGACUCCAUUCUCAAGGAAAACGACAAGCUCAAAGCUGAGCUCCUUUCCUUGACUGAGAAAUGCCAGCUGGCGAAAGAACUCGAUUCCCAAGAACCGGACCCUUUACCGCUCAUUACCUUAACUGAGAAAUUCCAGCCCGAGAAAAAGCCCGGUGAGGAACUGGGUCAGAAACCCGACCCACUCCCGGUGGGCCCACUUCUGCCGAGCCUUCAGCUGACUAUGAAGGCUGAGGACCGUCUGAGUACGGGCAGUGAUGGAAGUGCCGUGGUGGACGAUGAUGGCCGCCAGCUUCUCGACAGCGGUGAUUCGUACUUUCCGGCAGCUGACUAUAUGGCGGCAGAGGAUUCCGGCAAGGAUGGCCAAAGCUACUUUUCCGAUGUGUUUGUGGCGGCCGAUCAGCAGGAGCCGAUUGGGUGGUGCAUUUGGCCUUAAGUUAAUAUAGGUUAAUGGUGAGUUGAUCAUAUGGUAAAAAAUAAAGUCCUAAUUUGUGAAAGAAAUAAAAUGAUGUAAUUUGAAUGUGUGUGUCUUUUGUAUUUGUGUCCAUUAUGGUGGACUUGUUUACAAAGGGAAGUUUAGAAUCACAAGAAGCUAUAUCCCAAGUGAGUGAAAUUGAAAGGAAUUGUCACUUUCAAUAUCUCUCGAGAUGGCACUAUUGGCAAUUGUGGUUGAUUUGCACACUUUACCAACUAUAGUCAUUGACCUCAUUGCAC